AUGGAGGCCGUUAUAAGUUCUCAUCGUCCUACACAAUCUCCUGAAGUCGAUCCUUCGACUUUGUCAAACUAUACGAAUUUUGAUGUCAAAGAAACUGAUUUACAAUUCAAAGUCUUAUUCGACGAAGAAAAGGUUGAUGGGGUAGUUGUAUUUGACUUAUUAAGUUUGAAUGAAACAGAGGAAGUAGUUUUGGAUACUUCAUACUUGGAAAUACAUAACGUAAGGGUGAAUGAAAAGGAAAUUAGUGAAUAUCAAGUGAAAGAUAGAGCUGAACCACUCGGUUCAGCAUUGGUUAUCAAAUACGCAUUCAAAAAGAACGCUUCUGUUAAAUUAGAAAUUAAGUUUUCAACUACUUCGAAAUGUACUGCGUUGCAAUUCUUAUCGAAAGAAGCUACUGAUGGUAAGAAAGCCCCAUAUUUGUUUUCCCAAUGUCAAGCAAUUCAUGCUCGUAGUCUUUUCCCUUGUUUCGAUACACCAGCA